UGAGCCAAUCAGGAGGUCUGUGUGAGAAUUCUCAUAGGGUAUGUUUAUUGUGGUCAAUUACUAUUAAAACACAUGCGUUCAAGAGAUGUGGGAUUCUAGGUUAAGCCAUCUCUAUUAGCCCCUGAGAAACUGAUGCUGAGCUGUUUCCUUGAACUGCUGCAAUCUGUGAGGAUUCUUGGAUUCCUGAGCAGGUUCAUCACAGCCCCUAUCCUAGAAUCCCCAGUACAGAAGCCAUCUGAAGUUAAGUGGCAAGUAAUUACAGCGUGGAAUGCAAUACCUGGAAAAGUGGUGGUUCAGCUGAAGCAUUCAAAAGAGCACUGGAAUGAAAUAAUGCAGAAGGGAAUGGGAGAUUGGCACAAGCGUGCUGAAAUGUUCGGUGUGGUUGUUGUUGGGAUUGGCGUCGCUGGCAGAGUUCGGAUCCGCGAUCUGCUGAAUCCACUGCCAAACAGCGCCGCAGAAAAGCUUAAACUCAUGGGUUUUGUCUCCAGGCGGACAUUAGGCAACAUAGAACAAGUGAAACAGAUCACACUGGAGGAAGCUCUACAAAGCAGUGAAAUACAAGCAGCUAUCAUCAGUUUGGAGAAUCGGUUUCAUGAGGAGUAUGUGAGGCUGUUUCUGGAGGCAGGGAAACAUGUCUGUGUGGAAUACCCAUUGGCACUGUCAGUGGCUGCUGCCCAAAAACUAUGGGAUCUUGCUGAUAUCAAAGGAAAAAUUCUACAUGUGGAGCACAUAGAAUUACUGGCAGAACCAUAUAAGCAGCUGAAACAGCAAGUGAAUAGAAAAGAGCUGAUAGAGGGUUCCCUGCAUUUUACAGGUGGGCCUCUAGAUCGACAACGCACCGGAUUCCCUGCCUUUAGUGGAAUAGCCCGUCUAUCCUGGCUUGUGGAUCUCUUUGGGGAGCUCACUUUGAAAUCUGCUACAUUGGAAGAACAACAAAAGCAGCAUUACUGGAAGAUGACAACACGUUUCCUUACUAAAAAUAGCAGACCCUUAAUAUGGACUGAGGAAAGAGGACCAGAGUUGAAACGCAAAAAACAAAUAAAUUUCCAGUUCAAAUCAGAUACUUUGGAUCAUCUUCCAGAAGCACCUAAUACCCGUGUUGGACUAUUCAUGCAAGACCUCAAUUUGUUUGCCCAGAAACUAGCAGGGCAAACACCCACUGAGCUCUCUGAAAAGAAUCGCCUCCUGCACUGUCUGGACCUGGCGGAUGAGAUAAGAAUUUUCUGUGAGCAGGUUCCACCAAGCUAACAAUAAUUGCACUUCCUCUGUCUUCUGCAAAUAAAAUUAUUGGUUUGAUAGAUUAUCAUUCAGAAUUACCAUGUAGGCCUAGAUUUUUAAUUUCUGAGUAAUACGAUUGCCUGUUUUAGUCCUUUUCACCACAUAUUAAUAAUAAUAACAAAAGAUAAUAUAUAUCCUGGUUUUAAGGGAUGAGAUAACUACCAAGCAGUUGAAUGGACAUUUCUAUCUGAUUUCUCUGGACUGCUUUUUGUUUUGUUAAAUUAAGUUGUUAAUUGUUAAAACAUCAGAUCACUGCAGGUAGGAUUUUUAUUAUUAUGCACAAAGCUUUUAUAUUAAGUAAUAAAUGGAGAGAGUGUUACACGGAGUCAUGCUACAAAAAUAUUUUUUCAGUCAGUAUAACUCUACACACUCAACAGUUGUGCAUUGAUAUUAUUUGAUUUCUUACACACACACACACACACACACACACACACACACACACACACACACAGUUAUUAGGCAGGCAUGUCAUUGUUCUCUAAUAUAGCCAUGCAAACUGUGUAAUGUGCAUGUUGGGAGAAUAAUAAUUGAAAACCAAAUUUUAAUUUAAUGCAAAAGAAUAUUCAUCCCUGAAUUUCAAUAACAUUCCAGGGGCUUCUCGUCAUAAUUUGCAGCCUCCACGAUUUUGAUUAAAAUAGUUUUGAGGUAGCAACAUA